AUGAGGGACCGAUCAAUGAGGGUAGCCAAGUGCGCCACGCUCCCCAGCAACACGGCGCAGAGGUAUCACGAGCAGCAGGCGGAAGAGCAUUUGGAGCUGGCGGCCCGGGGGAGAUUGAGGUGCUUCGCAUGCGGAGAAAGCCAACCCCACAACCAGGUGAGGUGCCACCCGAAGCUGUUCGUGCACGUCUGCUCCCACUGCCACGACGUGUACCACCAGGGGGAGUUUGAUGUCGCAGACGACGGGCGCGAGAUGUACUGCCGGAUGUGUGGAGAUGGCGGAGAGCUUACUUCGUGCGACGAGCGCCAGGCGGGCACCAGAAGGCCGUGUCCAUUCUCGUUUUGCCUGGCGUGCAUCGAGCGAAACUUCGGCUACGAACAUAGAGUUCAUUGCAGCCACAAGUUCAAGUGCUGGAUCUGCGACGACGGGCCCAUGGAGCAGCUCAGGAGGCGCAUCCCUGGCUACGAGCACAACAGCAAGAGCGUUCUCACCAGCCUCAUCAUGCAGCAGCAGCGUCGAAGGCAGCAGCCGCGGCCUACGGGGUCCGGCGGGGGGGCGCAACAACCGGCCGCUAGUCGCCGGCGGUGCCGGGCGUUCGAGUCCGGAGACGAAAGCUGUGCCUCCGAGGGGUUUCCAGACUUGGAUGGGGGCGGCGGCGGUGGCUACGUCCAUUCCUGGAAGAACAACCCACCGGAUGAGCAAGAGGAUGGAGAAGGAAGUGCCGCGGGGGGUAUGAGCACGGACUCCAGCGACAGCGACGACAACAGCACUUGCGGUGACGGCGGCUACAGCCGUAGGCGGAGGAGGGGUCGGGAGGGGAAGAGGAACACGGCUGGGGGAGGCAGCGCCGAGGAUGGUGUGUUCCAGUGGGACAGGCGGCAGUUGAUUAACGACCUCUCUCGCGGGCUUGAGAACGUCAAGAUUCAGGUGUGCAACGAGGAAGAUGAGGAAAAGCUUCCGUUUUUCCGGUACGUGACCGGUUACGUCAUGGGGGGAGACGUCCAUCAGAAGAAGGAUCCAGAUGAUAUGGUGUGUUGCGACUGCACCGACGGUUGUAGAGACCCCAACCUCUGCGCCUGCCUACGGCUGCGAGCGGGGAAGGCGGGAUCGGUGUACUUAGCCGACAUCGGCGGCACCGGCGGCGGCGGCAGCGGCGGCGGGGGCGGCGGGGGCGGCGGCGCGGCGGCGGAGACGUCGGUCGAGGAAGAGAAGUCCGGUCGGCGACGGUUUUACAACGAUGACGGCCUGCUUCUUCAUCUCCCGGACGCGAUCUUCGAGUGCCACGCGGGGUGUGCGUGCAACCCGCGGAGGUGCAAGAACCGUGUCGUGUCCCGUGGCGUCCAUCUGCCCCUCCAGGUAUUCCGAUGCGCGGAAUCCGGCAAAGGGUGGGGCCUUCGCUGCGUGGAACCCAUCCCCGCGGGUUCGUUCGUGGCGUGCUACCUGGGGGAGGUGCUGACGGAUAGAUCCGUUGACGACCGUGGGAGGCAGACCCACGACGACUACGUGUUCGGCCUUGACUUCGCCAAGUGCGCCGCCAGGCCGGGCCACAGCGGUGGCAGCAGCAGCAAGUCAAGCAGGAGGCGCUCGAUAGCGAUGACAUCCUCGAGCAAUGCUGAUCAGAGCAAUUGGGGCUUGCGGUUUCCGUUGACAGCGCCUACUGGUGCUGCUUCUGCUUCUUCUUCUCCUUCUCCGCGGCGUAGUGGCAGCAGCGCCGCCUCAGCCGCCGCCGACGGCGGAGCCCCCGGGCGGGGGGAGGGCUCGGCGUCGCCCGCUGUGUCGUUAAAGAGCCCUGUAAGGAAAAAAACACGAACUUCGCCGAGUUCGCCGCUAGCUGCAGCCGCAAGAACAGGCGCAGGGGCAAGAGCGGGAGGAGGACUGUCUAAGGAUCAAGAGGAAGCCUUUGGUGACUUCGUGGUCUCCCCGAACAGGGAGAAGUUGCUGGAAGGGUUCGUCGGCGCUACGGGGUGUAUGAGCCGCGAGCGGGCGGCGUACUUCCUGCGGGGCGCUGGCGGCGAUCUGGCGGUGGCGGUCAACCACUUCCUCGACGCGCCGGACAAGGGGCCGUGUGCAGACGACGAUGCAGAUGACGAUGUGGGGGCCCAGUCCCCGGCUCCCCCCCUCCCGUGCGAAGAGGCGAAGCAAGCGGGUGGCGGUGCUACGGCGGGGGGCGGCGCUGCUUCCUCGAGAAGGACUACGGUGUCGCCGCCGAGUUCUCCCGCGGAGGUGCUCUGGCAAGAAGUGGGAGACGACUUGGGUGGUGACGAAGCGGUGACGGAGGCGGGGGCGGGAAUGCUCGUGCCUCCCUGGAGGCACGGCAGCGUGGCGAUAGUGGCGGAGCCCCUCACGAAGAACGUGGUACCGUCUGGGGCGACGUCGCCGCCUUCGUCUUCCGCGACACCCCCCCCAUCGGACGAACUUCCCGACGCCAAGCGCAUCAGGAGGGGGGGCGACCUGCACGAGUCGUUGUGCGAAGUCGUCGACCUCGCAGGGCACCCCCCUACAGCAGUUUCGUCGCCGGGGCCCUCACGCGGGUCCGGAGGGAGCGGUGGGCAGUGGCUGACACGCCGGAAAGACAAGACGCCUCGAGAAUCUUCGACCUCGAGCAUGGCCACAGCAGCAGAAACAGCUAUCGCCGCGCGGACCCACGCUGCUGCGGUCGAAGGCCCCGGUGUUGACAUCGCCGCAGCCGGUGCCGGUGGUGGUGGUGACGAGGUCGCUGUCGAUGUCGAUUUCGAGGGGGAGGCGUGGACUCCGUCUUCGCCGCGCUCGGAUGUGUCGCCGGAGAUGGCGGUGGACGCCAAGGACUUCGGCAACGUGGCGAGAUUCAUGAACCACAGCUGCGACGGAAACCUGGUCAAGAAGAUGGUUUUCGUCGAGGGCCACGACUUUCGCAUCCCGCGGGUGGCGUUCUUCUCUCUCGAGAAGAUACAGGCGUACGAGGAGCUUACGUACGACUACAACUACAAGGUCGGUUCGGUGGAGGGGAAGAGCCUGGUUUGCCGCUGCGGGGCCCCGUCUUGCCGCGGGAUGCUGCUUUGA